CCUCCUCCUCCCUUCGGCCUUCUCCUUCCUUCCUCUAUCCACGUAUGGAUUAAACCUCUCCUCCUCCGUCUCCACCGCUUCAUCACUACUCCAAAAGGAAGGCGAAGGUCGUAGCCGAUACAUAUACAGAUAGAGAUAGGGAGGGCAGCAAGCGAGAAGAUGGCCGGCGUUGCGUUCCUCGUGUUCGUCUCUCUGCUCGGCCUCUCGGCGGUCCGCGCCGAGGACCCGUACCUCUUCUUUACAUGGAACGUCACCUACGGCACCAUCUCACCUCUCGGCGUCCCUCAGCAGGCCAUCCUCAUCAAUGGUCAGUUCCCCGGCCCCAACAUCAACUCCACCACCAACAACAACAUCGUCAUCAACGUCUUCAACAACCUGGAUGAGCCGUUCCUCUUCACCUGGAAUGGCAUCCAGCAGAGGAAGAACUCAUGGCAAGAUGGCAUGCUGGGCACCAACUGCCCCAUUCCGCCAGGCACCAACUACACCUAUCACUUCCAGGUGAAGGACCAGAUCGGAAGCUUCUUCUACUUCCCAUCCGUCGGCAUGCACCGGGCGGCCGGGGGCUUCGGCGGCCUCCGUGUCAACAGCCGCCUUCUCAUCCCCGUCCCCUUUGAUGACCCCGCCGACGAUUACACGGUCCUCAUCGGUGACUGGUACACCAAGAGCCACAAGGCCCUGGCCGGGAUCCUCGAUGCGGGCCGCAGCAUCGGCAACCCUACCGGCAUCCUCAUGAAUGGAAGCCCCGGCAAGAACGCCGCCGGAAAAGACGACGCUCCGCUCUUCGCCAUGGAGGCCGGGAAGACCUAUCGUUACCGCAUCUGCAACGUCGGCCUGAAGGUGUCGCUCAACUUCCGGAUUCAGAACCAUCUGAUGAAGCUGGUCGAGAUGGACGGAUCGCACACCGUGCAGAACGACUACGAAUCCCUCGACGUCCACGUCGGGCAGUGCCUCUCCGUGCUCGUCACCGCCAACCAGGAGCCCAAGGACUACUACAUGGUCGCCUCCACGCGCUUCACCAAGUACAUGCUCACAGCCACCGGCAUCGUCCGCUACGCCGGCUCCAACGUGCCUCCAUCAUCCGAACUGCCGGCGGGGCCCGUCGGCUGGGCCUGGUCGUUCAACCAAUGGCGGUCCUUCCGAUGGAACCUCACCGCCAGUGCCGCCCGACCCAACCCGCAGGGCUCCUACCACUACGGGAGCAUCAACAUCACCCGAACCAUAAAGCUCGCCAGCUCCGUCGGCCUCGUCAACGGAAAGCGCCGCUUCGCCCUCAACGGCGUGUCGCAUGUGGAAACCGAGACCCCGCUGAAGCUCGCCGAGUACUACGGCAUCGCCGACAAAGUGUUCAAGUACGACUCCAUCAGUGACGAACCACCGGCAGCCUCUGCCACCAUCACGGCCGCGCCCAACGUCCUCAAUGCCACCUUCAGGGACUACAUCGAGAUCAUCCUCGAGAAUCCCGAACGGAGCAUUCAGUCGUUCCAUUUGGACGGCUACUCCUUCUUCGCCGUCGGGAUGGGGCACGGAAAGUGGACGCCGGCGAGCCGGAAGACGUACAACCUCCUGGACGCGGUGAGCCGGCACACGAUCCAGGUGUAUCCGAGGUCAUGGUCGGCGAUCAUGCUGACGUUCGACAACGCGGGGAUGUGGAGCCUACGUUCGGAGCUGUGGGAGAGGCACUACCUGGGGCAGCAGCUCUACAUCAGCGUGCUGUCGCCGGCGAGGUCCCUGAGGGACGAGUACAGCAUUCCGGACAACACACUGCUCUGCGGUGAUGUCACCACCCUCCCAAAGCCGCCACCCUACGUCUAACUUCAGGCUGGCGAGGAAGCGCCACCCGAGUUCAAGCAUUCAAUCGCACUUCACCACCGGGGGAGGAGGGAGGAACAGAGAUAAUAUAUAU